AUGGAUAAAAAAAAAGAUUUUUAUUUUGAUUUAAAAUUUUUAAAAGCACUUUUUAAUUUAACACCAUAUUUUUUUCCAAAAAAUAAUUGGUAUUCAGAAUGUAUUAUUAUAUUUAUUUUUAUUCUUGGUUUAACAAGUGAAUGGAUAGGAUAUAAAAUUGGUAUGAUUCCAGGACAAAUGUAUUCAGCUUUAUUAAAUGAUAAUACCAAAAUAUUUUGGGAAAUCAUAAUAACUGGGUCAUUGAUGUAUUUAUUUAAAAGUUUUAUAAUAGCAUUAAUUGAUUUCACAUCACAAUGUUUAUAUUUAAUAUUUAGAAAAAAUAUAACAAAUGCUCUUCAUAAUGUUUAUUUUAAUGAUAUAACAGGAUAUAAAUUAAUGUAUACAUGUCAUAAUGAUAUUGAUAAUCCAGAUAUAAGAAUUACACAAGAUGUUGAUAAAAUGUCUAAAGAUUUAGCAAUUACUAUCAUUCCAACUACCUUAAUUUGUCCAUUUGUUAUUGGUUAUUAUACAUAUAUAACAUAUAUAACUGCUGGAGGAUUUGGUUGUGGUAUGAUAUAUGGAUAUUUUAUAAUUGGAACUAUAAUUAAUAAAUUACUUAUUUCACCAAUAGCAAAAUGGACAAAUAGAGUAGAAAUAUGUGAAGGAAAUUUUAGAUAUAAAGAAGUAACAAUAAGAGAUAAUAUAGAAGAAAUAUCAUUUUAUAAAGGUCAAAAAUUUGAAAAAUUUGAAACAAAUAAAUUUUUAGAUAAACUUUUAAUAACACAAUUUUUAUUAUGUAUCUGGAGAUUUCCUAAUAUAUUUUGGAAAAAUUUUUUUAAUUAUUUUGGUGCUUUACUUUCAUAUGGUGUUCAAUAUAUUCCUAUUUUUUUAUUUAAUUCUUAUAAAGAUAUUGAUCCAAAAAAAUUACCUGAAAUAAUUUCAAAUAAUGCAUUUAUUUAUAUUUAUUUAGCUAAUUCAUUUACAAGAUUAACUGAUAUAGCUUUAAUAUCAGGUGAAAUGGCUGGUCUUCUUCAACGUGUAUAUGAAUUAUUAGAUACAUGUAUCAAUAUAAAUGGAAUAAGAUAUAAUAAUAUAAAUUUAAUUGAUGAAAAUGAUUCAAUAAUGUAUAAAUUUGACAAUGUUAAUAUUAGCUCAUAUGAAGGAAAUGUUAUAAUUAAAGAAAUAUCAUUAAUAAUUGAAAAUAAAAAAAAUUUACUAAUUAGAGGUCCAUCAGGAUCAGGUAAAACAUCAAUAAUCAGAGUAUUAUCAGGAUUAUGGAAAAUAUCUUCAGGGGAAAUAUUAGGAAAAUAUUCAAUUGAUGAUAUAGAGAUUAUACCACAGAAACCUUACUUACCAGUUGGAAAUUUGUCAUUAUAUCAACUUAUAACAUUUCCAUCUUUGAAUAAUGAAGAAUCAUUUGAGAUUAAUCAAAAAGUUGAUAUUAUUUUUGGUCUUCUUGAAAAGUUACAAUUAUUACAAUUAAUUGAAAAAAGUAGUAGUAUAUUUGAUGAAUUACCAAAUGAUUUUCUAAAUACUCUUACACCAGGAGAAAUUCAAAGAUUAGUUUUUAUAAGAAGUAUUAUUAAAAAUCCAAAGAUUAUAAUACUUGAUGAAUCAACUAAUUCUGUUGAUUCAGAUAUUGAAUGUAUUAUGUAUAAUAUUAUGAAAGAACAAAAUAUUCAAUAUAUUUCAAUAGGUCAUAGAGAUUCAUUAAUAAGACAUCAUGAUCAAUGUUUAACAUUAAAAGGACAUAAUAAUUAUACAAUAGAAUUUUUUUAA